AUGGCUUUCAUGGUAAAACACGUGGUGGGAGGACAGCUGAAGAACCUGACAGGCGGACUGACGGAGGAGAAACCCGAGGGGGAGAAAACAGAAGCUGCGGCGCAGGGGAUGACUCAAGAGGAAUUUGAACAAUAUCAACAACAAUUAGAGGAGGAAAAACAAGAACGAGAAGCCAGUUUUGCCCAGAAGAAAGCUGAGAGAGCCACAGUUAGAAGUCAUUUCCGGGAAAAGUACAGGCUACCAAAGAAUGAGAUGGACGAGACCCAGAUCCAGCAGGCGGGGGACGAUGUGGUGUUGCCCACAGAGCUGGCCAAGAUGAUUGCUGAGGACAACCAAGAGGAAACGCACAAGCAGUCGGUGCUGGGCCAGCUGUCCAACAUCCAGAAUGUGGACAUCGACCAGCUGAAAGACAAAGCCCAGGCCACAUUGGAAGACCUCAAAAAGCAGACGGAGAAUUGCAGUCUCAUGUGAUUUGGCUAACUCUUAAGUCCCAGAAGAUUAGAGUUUUUAUGUAUGUAUUUUUCUGAGGCAGAGCUGCUCCGGAGGUAGAAAUAUUCUUAUUGCUUGUGUGGAAUGUCAGUUCAGUUGGCGUCACAUAAUAACAGGUUUCCUAUCUGUGCAAAGUUAGACAGAGGCCUUGCAGAAAAAGAAAGUGAAAGAAGCGUAUAUAAAAUCUGGGGCUCAAAAAAAAAAGAUUCUAGCCAUAGUGUCAUGGGUGAUCUAGUUUAGUUAGGUUUCCUGUUGACCAUCAGAUAUCCUGAAAGUCAUGUCAUUCAUUUUGUUAUUGAAAUUAGCUAACUUGCACUCUGAAAGACUGCAAUUCAACCAAUGAGAUUAUUUCUGCCUUCAGAGCACCUCCUCCUCGGAGAAAUAUGUGUCUAUUAAAUCCUUUUACUCCUUUCAUUCCCCCAACCUCCCACACUCCUUGUACCUCACAAGACCAGUGACAACACAACAUGAUUCUGCAGCAGAGGCCUCAGGUGUGUGUGUGUGUGUGUGUGUGUGUGUGUGUGUGUGUGUGUGUGUGUGUGUGUGUGUGUGUGUGUGUGUGUGUGUGUGCAGGUUUUCAUUGCUUCCAAACACACAGCAGAGGAUUUCACUGACAAACACGCGUACCUUUAACAAGAGAAGAUCACUGAAAUCAGCUGCUUGGUCAGAAUGAAAACACACAGCUGACGCUGGCUCAUGUGAGGAGGCCAUAUGUGUGUUAUGUUGAAUUUGGGCAAUUAUGGAAAAUUGGUUAAGGGAAAAUGAAAAUGCAGGAGCCAUUUGUGGAGUUGUUCAUAUUCCAAAUACAAAAGCACAAAAUCUUACUAAUGGGCAAUAUUAGGAACAAAUGAGGUAGAUUUUUGUCGUAAGUAGCUUACUGAUGUUGGCCCCCUGGAGCCCUGAUGAAAGCUCCCUGUGAGCUGCAUUAAUCUUAGUUUUGACAUAUCAUUAUUAAAGCUUUUAUCAGAGGGGCUUUUUCCCAUACUUCAGUGUGCCUUGGACGUCCAUACAAGGCUGUCUUCUCUAGACCUCCAACAUCUAGCUACUUAUUGCAAAGACAGGACCUUCUUGUUUGUUUCUGCAGGAGGCUUUAAGUUUGAUUAAAAGCAACAAGGAAUUUGUGAGCAGGCGGAAAUGAUGUCUUACUUGAGGGCAGAAUAGAUUUGCUGUCUUUUGUCUGUUGUAAGUACAGUUAAGUUUGUACAAUAACUGUUCUCACACGUUUAACAUACAUAGGGAUGAUCCUGCUGAGGUAAAAAAAAAGAAAAGCUGCUCAGAUGAGAGAAAUGUAAAUGCAUAGUCAUACGCUAAAGCCUUUGUUGAAAACACUCACAAAAAUGUUGAACUGUGUAACUGCUGUGUGAGCAUAAGUCACACAUAUAUUUGUGUUGUGUAAGAUGUAGAUGUAUCUGCUGCUUGCCUAUACUGUUGGCAGCGCGUCGUUCUUCACUUGGUUUUCAUCAACUCGCUGCAUCUUGUAGUGUUGUCGACUGUCACAUGACCUUUGACCUGUCCUCCAUCUCUAUGACCCCCGCGUGUGGUGCCGUUUUGUGCUGGUGGAUUCGUGUUGUUUAGCUGGUGUGAUAUGUCAAGUGGUGUCUUAAUAAAAACUUCGUCCUGUGGCAGAGAGUGCUGGUCAUAGUGUUACACAGCGAGUUACGGUGGGCUUACUGCGUAACUCGCUAUUCUGUGUAUGUUGUUUUCUAGCCAAGCUAAGAGAAGGUGGGUGGUGAACCAAGAGGGGAUGUUGUUGAUGUUGUGUUACAUUCAUAUACGCCAGUGUCUGAUUCCUGUGAUGGUCCUACUGCCACAACGUGUUUUUCUGGGUACUUUAUGAUUAUAAAAGUUUUCCUUUUACACGUGCGCAUUUUAUUUUAGAGGAAAUGUGGGCAAAAAUGCAUUGACUGUUUUCUCUAAGGUGAGUGGUAAUUUCCUUGCUGUAGGUGCCACACUACCGCUGAAUGAAAACUGAGGCAACACUUGCCGUGCUUAUUGUCAUGUGAUAGAUGAACAGUAUAUUCGUGACAUUUCAAUAAUAUAAUGCAGAGAAAAAGUUGCAAUAAGUCCUUUUAUAACAGAGCUACUACAAUCUGUUGUGUCCGAUCAUAAGACAAUAUUAAUGGGUGGAACAGAAGCCAUAAAGCAAACUGUUUGCUUUGUAUGAG